UUAAACCCUAACCUCGUCUCUCUUACUCUUUCCUUUUCCCUGUCCCUCUUUUCUCCACUGUUUUUUUUGUUAGGGUUUAAGAACCCAAUAUCAGUAGGAGCAGAAGUUGUUGUAAAGCAUCGAAAACAAAUGAAGGUUCCUAAGAAGUCUGGUCCUAAAAAGGAUGAAAGCCAGAAGAAGAGAACCAGUGAUAAAAAGAUUAAGAUAUCGAAGAAAUCUGUACAAAAAGUAGAAGAUGCUGAAGAGAUUAAACACGAAGUUGUUGCCCUAGAACCAGAGUCUAAAGGAGUUAUUAAUAAGAAUGAUAAUAGUGAUAAGAAGAAGAAAAAUAAAAUGUUGAAGAAAAAAACGGCGAACAAAGUAGAAGAGGAAUUACAUGAACUAGUUUCUGCCCUUGAACUAGAGUCUAAUGGACCUACCGAUAAGGAAGAAGAUAGUGAUGUUGAAGAUUCCGAUUUUAAUCCAGCUUUUGAAGAGAGUGAUACGGAUGGCGAAGAUUCUGAUUUUCAUUCAGCUGUUGAAGAGAGUGAUUCUUCGGAAGAUGAGGUUCCUUCUAGAAAUACCAUUGGUGAUGUUCCAUUGGUAUGGUAUAAAGAUGAGGAGCACAUUGGAUAUGAUGUUAAAGGGAGGAAGAUUAUAAAGCCAUCAGUUAUAAACAAGCUUGAAGAACUUGUAAAUAGAGCAGACGCUGCCAAAAAUAAGCUCAUACUUCAUGAUGAGUACAAUGGCGAGGACGUUGAAAUUACAAAGAAAGACAGAAAACUUAUCCAAAGAUUCCUUAAAGGAAAGACUCCGCAUGCUGAAGUCGAUCCAUAUCCGGAUUAUGUGGAUUAUGUUGAGCAUCAUGCCAAGCAUCCACUUUCAAAUGCUCCGGAACCAAAGAGGCGAUUCAUUCAAUCAAAAUGGGAAAAUAAAGAGGUUCUUCGAUUGGUCCGAGCAAUCAGGAACGGACAUAUUACAUUUGAGAAGCCUAAGGAAGAGAAACGUGUUUAUUCGUUGUGGGAACCUGAUUCCGGCCCAACUGAGAAGAGACUCGGUUUGAAUUAUAUUCCUCCACCAAAACCGAAGUUGCCAGGUCACGAGGAAUCAUACAACCCUUCAUUAGAAUACAUCCCGACCCAAGAAGAAAUUAGUGGAUACGAAUUAAUGUAUGAGGAAGACCGACCUAAGUAUAUCCCGAGAAGGUACGAGUCUCUGAGGAAAGUUCCUGCAUAUGAAAAUGCAGUGAAGGAUACAUUUGAUCGUUGCUUAGAUCUUUACUUAUGUCCUAGAACUCGAAAGAAGCGUAUUAAUAUUGAUCCUGAAUCUCUAAAGCCCAAGCUACCUAGUCGAAAAGAUCUAAAGCCUUACCCAACAACAUGUUUUCUCGAGUACAAAGGCCAUAGUGAUGCUGUUACUUCGAUUGCUGUUCAAGUGUCAGGCCAAUGGCUGGCUUCUGGUUCAAAGGACGGAACGGUGCGUAUUUGGGAGGUCGAAACUGGGCGAUGCCUUAAGAUGUGGGAUGUUGGCGAAGCUGUCCAUUGUGUUGCUUGGAAUCCAAAUCCGCAGCUUCCUAUCUUGGCGAUUUCUGCGGGUCAGGAUGUGCUUGUUCUGAACACUGGACUUGGAAAUGCGGAAGACCAGCAGAGAAUUAAAGAACUUGUGCAUGUUGACGCACCUUCAGCGACAGACAACUCUGAUAAGAGCACACCUAUAGUGAGCUGGCUCCAACACGAUAAACACGAAGGGAUCAGGUUGAAGCAUAUUAAGAUGGUAACCUCAGUUGAAUGGCACCGUAAAGGAGACUACUUCAGUAUAGUGAUGCCGGCUGGUGACUCGAGAGCUAUUCUGAUACACCAACUGUCAAAGAAAGUUACGCAAAGGAUUCCAUUUAAGUUGCAUGGGCUUCCAGUUUCAUCAGUUUUCCAUCCAUCUCGUUCCAUCUUGUUCGUUUCGACAAAGAAAAGUGUCCGUGUUUAUGACCUAUUAAAAGAAAAGCUCGUUAGAAAGCUAGAGCCCGGAGUUCGUGAGGUUUCCUCCAUCGCAAUUCAUCCUGCUGGUGAUAAUGUAAUUGUCGGGAGUCGUGAGGGUAAACUCUGCUGGUUUGACAUGGAUCUAUCUUCUAAACCUUACAAAAUUCUCAAAUGUCACCCCAAGGAUAUUACAAAUGUUGCCUUUCAUCGUUCGUACCCCCUCUUUGCUUCAUCCUCGGAAGAUGGCACUGCAUAUGUCUUCCAUGGCAUGGUAUAUUCAGAUCUUAACCAGAAUCCACUUAUUGUUCCGUUGGAAAUUCUCCGCGGUCAUUCAAGAGGUGUCAUGGAUUGUACCUUCCAUCCUAGGCAACCCUGGUUGUUCACUGCCGGCUCUGAUUCACUAAUCAAACUUUACUGCCAUUAAGAAAGAAGUGUUGAAGGGAAUGGACCUGCUUUUGCAGAAUCAGAGUUGGCUUUCAGUGGGGAUAUGCGAAGUCUUUGUCAUUCCUUGCCUUUUACCCGCGUUAUGGAAUUUGGUAGCCCUGUGUACAACUGAAAAUCCUAGGUGCAGUCUCCAGAUUUCUAAAAUUUUGUCCAUUUAAAAAGAAAUUGUUAACCUUAUUUAGAAGAAGAUUGAAAUUUUCUGCUUUCCAAACCCAAUUACGUUGUUUUCAGUGUUCAGCUAACUUUUACAUUAAAGCUAUAAGGGAGUUGCAUAAAAUUUCAGAUUUCAGAAACUUAAGAAUUAUACCAGUUUGAGUUACUUGUGAACUCUUAAAGUCAGAAAACCCUAUUUAUUAGACCUGGGAUA